AUGAAUGUGCCUAGAACCCAAAGAGAAAGUGCUCCCACAAAAUUUUCACAGGAAACUAUAGAAGAGAGGUAUAAGAGGUGUUCUCUUCUGAAUUUAAUCGAACAUAUCGAUAUAUACGGCAAAUUUCACUCGGCUUACUUAGAAAAAUGUAAGCGUAGAACGAUUAAUUCAGCAGUGUCAGUCAGCUCGGUGUCUACGUCUUCAAGUAAAUUCUUUAAAGGAAAUCCCAGUGUUUCUGAUAAAAUUCGUGUAAAUGAGAAGUUGAGUAAGUUCUCUGUGACGACCAAAGUGUCUGGUCUGUAUCCGGGUCAUGAUAUUUUAUCUAAAAGGGCCAGGAAGCUGAGGGCGUGUGCUAUUAGAAAUCUACCGCUUAAUGUAGUGAUGACCCGGUCCUGCGCGCACAGGUCCAGGGCGGUGUGCGCGCGCGCGUGCGCCGCCUCGCACGGGUCCGGCAGCCCCGCGCAGCCCGGCAGGAACAGCCCGCCCGCCACCAGGGACAACGCGCGCCUGCACACGCGAUACCGUCACAUACAGGGACAACCAGGGACAACGCGCGCCUGCACACGGCAUAGCGUCAUAUACAGGGACAACCAGGGACAACGCGCGCCUGCACACGGCAUAGCGACAUAUACAGGGACAACCAGGGACAACGCGCGCCUGCACACGCGAUACCGUCAUAUACAGGGACAACCAGGGACAACGCGCGCCUGCACACGCGAUACCGUCAUAUACAGGGACAACCAGGGACAACGCGCGCCUGCACACGGCAUAGCGUCACAUACAGGGGCAAACAGGAACAACGCGCGCCUGCACACGGCAUACCGUCAUAUACAGGGACAACCAGGGACAACGCGCGCCUGCACACGGCAUAGCGACAUAUACAGGGACAACCAGGGACAACGCGCGCCUGCACACGCGAUACCGUCAUAUACAGGGACAACCAGGGACAACGCGCGCCUGCACACGGCAUACCGUCAUAUACAGGGUCAACCAGGGACAACGCGCGCCUGCACACGGCAUAGCGACAUAUACAGGGACAACCAGGGACAACGCGCGCCUGCACACGCGAUACCGUCAUAUACAGGGACAACCAGGGACAACGCGCGCCUGCACACGGCAUAG